AUGAUAGAUUUGACCACUGCUAAAACCAAGACUGCUUUACCAAUCAAGCUACUGCCAUCCAAUCUCAGGCCCCUUGUAUUUCGAACUUUGACCAAAAAACACGGGUUGAAUGUGAACACAGAAGCAUUGUCAAUUUUAACCGAUACCAUCAGUCUAAAGUUUGGCUUCGAUUGGAAAAGUCCACAGUCGCAACAAUUCUUGGAAGAGAUAGCCAAAUUUUGGAAGCUCGAGGAUAGGGGAAUUUUUAUCGAUAGUAAUGGAUUAAAGGUAGUUUUGAAGGAAAUUCAAAAGAAGGAUGAAAUUGUUCAAAUGCAAAAAGCAGGGCGAACAAAUACCUUGGUAGAUGAAGCAGUUGAAGAGGAUGUUCAGUUGCAAUGGGAGGACUAUUUCCAGUUUGUAUCACCAAUGAAUCAACCACGCAGUGUUUUUGACAAGAGUCGAAAGCAUUUCGAUGUAUAUUUGACAAAGGAGCGAUUACCUCUUUUGUCCAGGCUUACACUCAAUACCAAGUCACUUGUUGAAUCGCAAAACAACCACUAUUAUCUAAUCAUGGACCGGUUGUCGAGAAACGAAAACUUUCAAAAGGCAUCGAUGACAAGUAUAUCCAAUUUGAAUUCAUUAACCAUUGAUGGAAUCGGCAAAAACAAUGAAAUUACAUUAAUCAAAAACAUGCUUGGUCGCGAUGGGCAAAAGUUUCUCUUGUUUGGGCUAUUGUCAAAGAACUCGACUGAUGAGUACAUUUUGGAGGACGCUACUGGUUACAUCGAGUUGAACUUGAACCAAGCUGUGAAAAAUCAAGGUUCAUUCUAUUGUCUUGGAAUGUUUGUGUUGGUAGAAGGAAUCUAUUCUGCAUCAGGAGGUCAUUUGAAUCAAAAGCAAGAUUACAUUGGUGGUUGCUUUUAUGUAAGCAACAUCGCGCAGCCUCCCGCCGAAAGAAGAGACAAGAGCUUAGAUGUAUACGGACAUGUUGAUUUUUUGGGUAUACAUAAACAUAUGGUCCCCGCUGGUGACAAAGCAAUAAAGGUUCCCAAAGCAUUUAGAAAAAAAAUGGUGCAAUUGGAGAAAUCACUUCAAAGUCACAGAAUCAUCAUGAUGGGCUCCGAUCUUUACCUUGAUUCGAACAAGACUCUACAAGCCAUGCAAAAGUUUUUCCAUCGGUUAGAAAACUCGAUUAUUGAAGCAUUGGAUUCGGAAGAGACACAAAGCUACAUCCCCUUGGCGUUGGUGUUUACUGGGUCCUUCACUUCACGUCCGCUAACAUCAACAAAUUCCACUUCAGAUGCCAACUUGUCAAACUCUGAAUUGUACAAGGGCAACUUUGAUCAGUUUGCAAAGAUAUUGAGCGAACACCCCAAUAUUGUACAGCGGUGCAAGGUUGUGCUCAUUCCUGGUGACAAUGACCCUUGGCAAUCUACAUACUCGCUUGGAUCAUCUUGCUUAAACGCUUUUCCUCAACCUUCAAUUCCCAAGGUGUUUGUGAAUCGGUUGGAAAAGUUGUUGCCACGAGGAAAUUUGAUUUUAGCUUGGAACCCCACACGCUUGAGUUAUCUAUCGCAGGAAUUGGUCAUUAUCAAAGACAAGUUGAUGAGUAAGUUUAAAAGAAACGGUUUGAUGUUUCCAUUGGAGAUUGAACAAGAGAAGGAAAAUGUUGAAGAAUUAAACAAUGUGGAGAGAAUUGAAAAGUUAAUUCAAAAUAAAGAUGAAAGAAUACCAAACAAGACCAAGCAAGCAAGGAUGUUGGUGAAAACACUACUUGAUCAAGGAACGUUGCAGCCUUUUAAAAAGGACUUGAAAGUUAUCAAUACUCAAUUCGAGCAUUGUUUAAGAGUGGAACCCUUACCAAAUGCCAUUGUGUUAAAUGACAGUAGUUUUGAUAACUUUGAGGUGGUAUACCAAGGAUGCAAAGUGGUUAAUUUAACCCUGGCUAUAAAUGAAGGAAGUAGAAAGUUGAAUUAUGUGGAGUAUUGGCCAGCGUCAAAGAAGUUUGACUUUAAAGAUUUAUAUUUUUAG